UCUCCGCAGCACUCUCAGUCGGAUCGUGCGCCUCGCUAAUGAACGUUACCCCAUCGAGAACGUGAGUCGAGAACGAAAGUCGAGAGUCGAGAACGCUCCAGGGCUCCUGAGCGAUGCAUUAGAUCAUAGUUGGUGACUCUAGCCGACGUCCGAGAGCGGGAUCGCGAUACAGCCGGCAGUGAGAGUGAGUGGGUGGCAAGAUAGUGGGGCGGGCAGGAAGUGAAACGAAUAGUAACCCCCCUCCCUAUCCAACCAAACCCCACCAAACCCCCACCAAACAGAAAAACAAAUCAGUGGUUCCGAUUCGCAGACGUGUUGUGUGUGCAUGUGAUUCAGAGCAAACAAAGCGUACGAAAUGCAAAACAUGUGGAUCAUUUUCCUGAUCAUCGGAUUGCUGGUGCUCGGGCUGCUGGUUCUGCUAAUUAUAGCGGCGCGGUAUCAGCGAGAUUAUUGGCGCUAUCUGGACAUUCCACACGAGAGACCCAAAAAGCUAUGGCCUAUCAUUAGGCAAAUAAUGACACAGACAUUGAGUACGGAGGCCAUGAAGGCGGACCAUUACUCGGCCAUAUACAAGAAGUUCAAGGGAAGCGGUCCCUUCUGCGGAUUCUACGCUCUGCUGCAGCCACGAGCAUUGAUCCUCGAUCGUGAGCUGAUCAGGCAGAUAAUGAUCAAGGACUUCUGGAACUUCAAUGAUCGCGGAUUGUACUGCAAUCAGAAGUCGGAUCCCUUGUCGGGGGAUCUGUAUGCUUUGCGGGGUCAGAGCUGGAAGGAGAUGCGCCAGAAACUGGACCCCAGUCUCGAAGGCGAUCGCAUGUCCUUGCUGUACGACUGCCUCUUCGAGGAGGCGGAACAGCUCCUCCUAACCGUCAGCAGCACCCUGAUGAGUCAGCCCCAUUCCGCCGUCCACAUACAGAAGAUCAUGCGGCGCUAUGUGCUCUCUUCCCUGGCCAAAUGCGUUUUUGGCUUGAAUGCCGAACAGAGGAAAACGUUUCCGCUGGAGGACUUUGAGCAGAUGACCGAGCUGGCCUUGAAUAGCCACAAACAUGGCUACCUAAUGAACCUGAUGAUGAUACGGUUCCCCAACUUUUGUCGAAUGCUGCGCAUGCGUCGUACGCCCAAACAGGCGCAGGAGUAUUUUAUCAAACUCCUCACGAGCAUUGUGGAGCAGCGAGAGACGUCCGGAAAGCGCCAGAAGGACUACUUACAGCAGUUGAUCGAUGUGAAGGCAUUGGAGUUCAUCACCCAUCAGUAUGAAUCGGAUAAGGAACUGGCAGCCCAUCUGCAGAAUGAGUUGGCCGCCCAUGCAGUUGUCUUUCUGAAGGCGGGCUACGAGCAGACGGCCAACACUCUAUCCUAUGUACUCUAUGAACUCGCAUUGCGUCCAGAGUUGCAAGUCCGCGUGAGGGAGGAGGUCAAGAAGGCCAUCGAGCGGCAUGAGGGUCACAUAACCCACGAGGGCAUCAAGUCGCUGGCCUUCAUGGGUCAGGUGAUCAACGAAACACUGCGAAUGCAUCCCAUAACACCAUACAUCCUGCGACGCACCUUGAACGACUAUGUGGUUCCGGACCAUCCCAAGUACAUGCUGGUCAAGGAGCUGUUCCUCAUCAUUCCCACGCAUGCCAUCCAUCACGAUCCGGACAUCUACCCGGAUCCGGAAGAGUUCAAGCCGGAACGCUGGAGCGGACCACGGGAUUCGCUGCAGCAGCAGGGCACCUGGUUUGGAUUCGGCGUGGGUGCACGCAGCUGCAUUGGAAUACAAUUCGCACAGCUGCAACUGCGAUUGGCCUUGGCUCUUCUCCUUUCCGAGUACGAGUUCUCCUUGAAUACCAGGAAGCCACUGAUCAACCUGGAGGAUGGUAUAGCACUAACGCUGAUGCCAUUGGGAGUUAUAGAACCCGGAAACGAGGAGAGGGCGGUCUAAGUUCGUAGCUUGAGAGUGCAAGAUCACUGACAUUAGCUUUAUCUCAGGGAUAGAAAAAAUAGGUUCGCAUUAAAUAUAUAAAUCUAAAAUGUAAACCUUCUAGAUUUUAUGUGGCAUCUUUGGAAAUCUUUUAAUUUAAUUUUGAUGUUUCCGCCUUAUGCUUUAUAUGGAAAAAGUAAUUAAAGCAACUCACUGUGUGCAAAAAAGUCGAAACAAAGAGAUUUAGCUUAUGUCAGUGUCUAAAUCUCAAUCUUUUGCCUAAUGACGAAGAAUUUACUCUAUGAACAAAGUCUAGAAAGCAAUAUAAAACUCAGCAUAGUAACUAACCAAAACAAUAUUAAACUGAAGGUCAUGAGGCCCAAUGGCACAGUCAGCAUAGAAUAGUUAAUCUUAAACACUGGCUUUUAUUUAAGAAUUUAUUUAUUUGAGAAAACAUUUUCUUUUAAAUUAGCUUGUUUAAUGCUUGUUUCUAUUAAAUACACCCGGUUCUCCUAAAGAUGAACCCUUUGAUUUGUUAAAACAUUUGUCAAUUUGAUUCACGGUUUGUUAUUUGUUGGGUUAGUAUAUAUCGUUUUUUGCAUUGUCGGUUGCUUGAUAUGGUUGAUUGGUUUGUCGGCUACUUCAAGAUCGGUAGCUCAGGCCUGUGCAGUACUUAAUUGCAUUAGUUGAUCGAUUUGUGUCUCAGAUUUGUUACGCAGAGCUUGCUGCUUUCGUCGUUGAAUCAAGAUCGAAUUAGAGUUACACUACAAAUUAGCAAUAAAAUUAGAUUUACAAAUAAAUAAAACGUACGACAAACGAAUUUUAGUUAUACAAUA